UUUUUUUUUGUUUUUCCGGGCGGCCCCGGCGGCUGCGUACUGGUUGUGGGAUGGGAAGUGAAGCCCCGGCGAGCGGCUGCGGCGGGGCGGUGAGCAGCAGCCGAGGGGCGGCGGCGGCGAGUCCGUGAGCGGCAGCUGCGAAGAGCGGAGCCCGGGCGGAGCACCUGCAGGCACGGGCGGCGGCCGCACCAUGGCGAUUCGCAAGAAGAGCACCAAGAGCCCCCCGGUCCUGAGCCAUGAAUUCAUCGUGCAGAAUCACGCGGACAUCGUCUCGUGUGUGGCGAUGGUCUUCCUGCUGGGGCUCAUGUUCGAGAUAACAGCAAAGGCUUCUAUUAUUUUUGUUACUCUUCAAUACAAUGUGACCCUCCCUGCAACAGAAGAACAAGCUGCUGAAUCAGCAUCCCUUUAUCACUAUGGUAUCAAAGAUUUGGCUACAGUUUUCUUCUACAUGCUAGUGGCGAUAAUUAUUCAUGCCAUAAUUCAAGAGUAUGUGUUGGAUAAAAUUAAUAGGCGAAUGCACUUCUCCAAAACGAAACACAGCAAGUUUAAUGAAUCUGGUCAACUUAGUGCAUUCUACCUUUUUGCUUGUGUUUGGGGCACAUUCAUUCUAAUCUCUGAAAACUACAUCUCAGACCCAACCAUCUUGUGGAGGGCUUAUCCCCAUAGCCUGAUGACAUUUCAAAUGAAGUUUUUCUACAUAUCACAGUUGGCUUACUGGUUUCAUGCGUUUCCUGAACUUUACUUCCAGAAAACCAAAAAAGAAGAUGUUCCCCGUCAGCUUGUCUACAUUGGCCUUUACCUCUUUCACAUUGCUGGAGCUUAUCUUUUGAACUUGAAUCAUCUGGGACUUGUUCUUCUGGUGCUGCAUUAUUUUGUUGAAUUUCUUUUCCAUAUUUCCCGCCUGUUUUAUUUUAGUGAUGAAAAGUAUCAGAAAGGAUUUUCUCUGUGGGCAGUUCUUUUUGUUUUGGGAAGACUUCUGACGUUGAUUCUCUCCGUGCUCACUGUCGGUUUUGGCCUUGCAAGAGCAGAGAACCAGAAGCUGGAUUUCAGCACGGGGAACUUCAACGUGCUGGCUGUCAGGAUUGCUGUUCUGGCAUCCAUUUGCAUCACCCAGGCAUUCAUGAUGUGGAAGUUCAUCAAUUUCCAGCUUCGGCGGUGGAGAGAGCAUUCUACUUUUCAGGCACCAGUUGUGAAGAAGAAACCAGCAGUGACUAAGGGCAGGGCUUCUAGAAAAGGAACAGAAAAUGGUGUAAAUGGAACAGUGACUUCAAAUGGAGCCGACUCUCCCCGUAAUAGAAAAGAGAAAUCUUCAUAAUGAAUGAUAAACUAAUUGAUUAAAUGUCCCCAAAGAAAUCUGCUUUUUACUAUAUCUUUCAGCACUAGAUAUUUUUCUGUUCUUUGGAAAUACAGUUUGUGCUCUUUGAUUCUUGCUGUUGUACUGUUUCAUGCAUUUUUUAAAGGGUGUUUGAGGGGAGGGGGAUUAUUGUGAGUGAAAAUAUAGUUUAGCUCAGACUAAGCUACUUGCCUUCAAAAUAGAUUAGGGACCACCACCAUAUUUUAUUUUGUUUUAUAUCUUUGAACAUUUUUAUAAUGAUUUCGAGAAAAAACUAUCCCACAUAUCAGUGAUACAAUUUCUUGCUCUCACCAGUUUUUAUAUUAUCAAGGUGACCUAUUCUAACAAGGUCAUAUUUUUUAGGUUAUCUUUCAGGGUAAAAUGGAAAUACCAUAAAGUUGGAUGUCAAACUUUAAUAUGUUUUCAGUGUCCUCUAAUUUUUAGGAAUUUUUGUAGCCUUUACACCUGGAAAAAAAAAGGAUUUAUAAAGAUCACCAGAACAAUUGUGUGCUUUAUUUUAUAGUUAGUGGUUGUUGGUGUUACAUCCCAGUUGCCAAAACAAAACAAAAAAAUACUAAUGAUUACAACAUGUGGAGAUUAUUGCCCUAUAUAUUGAAUCAAAACAAUAUAACAGUACUUGUGAAAUGAAAUAAUUCUUGUGCAUUUUCAACACUUGUAAGCUGGAACUCAAACUAUUUACUAUGAAGAGUAAAUACUUAUAAAGCCCUUUUUGAUAAUGUUUGUUAACGAUUCUUAAUGGGGCUUAUCGUAAGUUUGAUAUGCAUAGCAUCUUAGAAAAAUAUUGUUUAACAUACAAACCCUUUUAAGAAAUAAUACAUACUUGAUUUAUAUCUAUAAAAAAUGUCAGGUAAAUAUAUUUGGAAAACAUUUAAUGCACUAACUUUAAAGAAUUUGAAAAUUCAGGUGGAUAGUCUUACAAAAGACAAUGCUCUAUGUUAUAGCUAGCUUUGAUCUCAUCUAUGUGUAUAAAACAUAUUUUUGGAUAAAUAUAUAUAUAUAUUUGUAACUACAGAAAGGCUCUAAGCAGCAUAUGAGUCAAACACUUGGUUCCCUUUUCUAUAAUGAGUCUUUGAAGCCCUUAGAGCUCUCCUUGGUCAGUUGGUUGUCGUUCUAGUACAUACAGUGCCCCUUUCGGUGUGGCUGUCGCGUUGCCCAUUUCUCAAUUCUCUCACCAGCUAACGUUUGUGCCAUGUUUAGUGUAAAAGUUACGGACCUCUCACGUCUCGGUUUAAGUUGCCAUGCUGCUAGAAAGUUGUGCUUUCUCUUUCCAGCUGUUUACCUACUUCCUGGAAAAACUAGUAGCUCUCUGUAGCAUUAUGGAGUUUCAGUGGAACCAAAUUUUUUGCCUUUAAAAACUGGCAUUAUAUUGAACUAUACAUUGAGAAAUCAAUCAAAAUAAAAAUUUUUACUUUGA